CCUCAGCAAUAAUAGUUGGAACACUUGAGAAGAGGUGGACACUGGAGGGAAGACCCGUCUGGACGCGAGCACCGCGCCGAAGGGAAUUCAAGCCGGCGGCCGAUGAAUGCACUUACUGCGGACGGGAACAGAGGCUUUGAGACGCCUGGGAGUCUUGUCGGACAAGUCGAGGCUAGCUAGCCUGGACAAGCUGGAAAACCACGCGGCCUUGGUUUUGUCCACCAUCCUCCAAGGAUCCGCGACCCCCAUCACCCCCGGCAUCUGUCCUACCUGGUGUGGCAGAGCUCUGGCUUUUAGAUUUGUCGGCGUCUUAAGUGGGAUAGGAGCUAGUUGGGGAACCACCGAGAUUUGGGUAUUGGACAAGGCUAUGGCACGGCUUGAGACAUCGCCCCAGCGACUAAAACCCCAGCCACUAAAACCUCAGCCAACCUCGCAGCCAUCCUCGGUGCCCUGGCGCCGUCCGGCGGAAUUCAUGUCGCCGACUGCUACCCCGGCCUGUUUCCGAUCCGUCGUGUUUGCUCUCUCCCGAAUCUUCAAACAAGCCGAAGGGAACAAUAAUCCAAACUUCGCGACCUCGGAACCAAAGCUUUUCUGCUCUCCCAGAAAAACACUACCACGGCAGCUACAGACGGUUGAAGCAAAGCUAGAUCUCGCCAAGGCUCGGGGGCUGUGGCGAUGGGUGGCAUGGUCUCUUUUCUGCGCGUUGGAUGUCUUGAACAACUCCCACGAAUCCACGAUCCUCUCGGAGAUUAGAACACAGAAGCCUACCGCCAAUGCGGAUUUUGUUGGAUUUCGGAGCCGGUUGCUGGGCCUUGUCUGGAGCGGACGGACGGAUUGUUACGAUUUACUGGCGGACCCGUGGUCGACUGUGAUGAUCAUGGCUUGGCAGCGACCUCGCCAAAAGACUCCUGAACUGUUGCCAAGUGGCCCGAAGACGUCUUCUCGUAUUUCUGAGUGUGGUGACUGACUUGGAGGCCGUAUAGUUUAUCAUCUGAUACCGGUGUUCCUCCUUCGAUACCUUCCGUCUUCACAGCAUCUCGGGUCCUUUUGGGGCGGCAAUAGUCCUUCAGGUUGAUCUGGUUUCGGAACAGCCUUUUGCAGUCUCACAGUCUUGCCUUCUUCCGGUCGCUAUCUCAACGAACCUAUCGAACACGCAGGUUUAUGCUAGCAUCUUCGACGGCUCUUGAUUGGCGUUUUUGAGUUUCAAGGCGUGAGGCGUCCCUGUCAUCAACAGUCCUGGUUCGGAUCUGGAUACGAUCUUCAACUUGAUCGCAACCUACCAGCCGUGAUCAGGCGUCUUGAAAAUCGGUCGCUGCUUUUUCCGGUUUCGAUCAGUAAG